CCGGCGUGCUUUGCGCUUGCCGCAUCCGGCGCGGGAGUCUUGCUUUCCAAGGGCUCUGCAGAGCCCCUGAGGCCCUUGUCACACACCUGCCUGGCAGAUGGAGAGUUGAUGCUGUGAAACUCCCAGGUGGUCUGACUCUGGAACCUACACUCAGUCACGAUGCAGCAUUACUUCAGUUAACCACGGUGUGGCCCCAGGGGCUGUCCGGUCUGUAACCUGACAGAAUCACCAGCUGACUUCGCUUAUUCUUGGCCAAGUUAUCUGUAGAGACAAUACUCAUGGCUGGUCCUUUGUGGAAGGCUACAGCCUUUAUACAGAGACACAGGACAGGACUGUUGGUGGGGUCCUGUGCGGGCCUUUUUGGGGUUCAAAUCUCAUUUCACCUCUUCUCGGAUCCCAUAGUCCAAUGGCUCUACCAGUACUGGCCUCAGGGCCAGCCGGCUCCUCUUGCCCCUCAGCUGCAGAGCCUCUUCCAGGAGGUGCUACAGGACAUGGGUGUCCCCUCAGGUCAUCACUACAAGCCUUUCACCGCCUUUACUUUUCAGCCUGUGAGUGCUGGCUUCCCAAGAUUUCCUACUGGGGCCAUGGUGGGAAUCCCCGCCAUCUUCCUGGGUGGCCCUGUCACCACCAUUGACCAUACUGUGGUCAUACAUGGGCAAAGAGUGAAUUGGCAAAGCCCAGCAGGUGCCAGGCUGAGAGACGCCCUGACCCUGUCUCAUAAUGCUCAGAAGUUUGCCUUAGCCAAAGAGGUGGUAUACCUGGAGAGCAAUGUGGCUACCCUACAAACCCUGCCAGCCCCAGCUUGCCUAGCAGGAACCUGGGUACUAAGUGUGGGUAUCAAGCAUGCCCUGGGGCUCCAUAGAGGCCCUGUGAGCUUUCGAGCUGCCUUCAACUUGGUGGCAGUAGUGGCAGGCUAUGUGGUCUACACCUUUUGCAAGGACUCGCUCACUGUUGCCCUGGAAGGCUGGCUAGACCGCCGCACAGCCUCUCUGUCUGCAGCCUAUGCCCAGGGUGGAGUGGAAUUCUAUGAGAAGAUCCUGUCAGGCAACCUAGCCCUCCGAAGCCUUUUAGGCCCACAAGGGGAGAAGCUGUACACGCCAAGUGGGAACAUUGUCCCCGGACACUGGUUCCGCAUCAAACACUUACCCUACACUACCCGCCGGGACUCUCUACUGCAGAUGUGGAGGGUGACACUCAGCCCAGGGCGCUCCUGAGACGCCAGUCAACAGGGCCCUCCUGGCUCACACAGGCACUGCCCUGUGAUGAAUUCUGGGGGAGUCUUUCGAUAUGGCUGCAUCCACAGCCCAGGGUCAGAACAGUGACCAUCUUUGGAGUUAAACAGCUCAAUUCUGACCCCAUCGUGGAUGAAUUUGGUGGCUAUGGGUGAGUCCCUAAAUGAGUCUGAGUCCUCGUUCGCCUCAACGAUGAAGUGGGAAGGAUUGAUUGUCGGGUCGAAUGAGAUUGUGAGCUGGAGGGCCUGGUAGAGAGCAACAUAAAUAAACAGGGUGUUCAUCUUU